AAAGAUAAUCUAAAGGCAAACACAAAAGACCGGGAAAGGCACAUAGAGCGCAAAAGGAAGCGGCAGAAGCAGAAAAGAUAGAGUGAGAGUGAGAGUGAGGCGAAGGAAGAUGUCCAACUUGCAGUUUCAACUGCACUCUCAACCAUCACCCUUCUCAUCUUUAUCUUCAUUAUCCUCUUCUUCUCUUAAGCUAUUCGCAAACCACUCUUUCUCUCCAAACUCUCUUCCUUUUAACCCUCCUAAACCCUUCUCCCUCAGAUGUCGCCACUCUGAUCUCUUCGACCAGAACACCUUAGCCUCCUCACAACGACCCACAAGACCCACUGCUUCAGUUGGAGCUUUGCCGCCUAGGGUUUACGUUGGUUACUCCAUUUACAAAGGGAAGGCUGCGCUUACUUUGACUCCUAGGCCACCGGAAUUCGUGCCGCUCGAUUCAGGGGCAUAUAAAAUAUCUAAGGAAGGUUAUGUGCUGCUUCAGUUUGCACCUGCGGUUGGUACACGCCAAUAUGAUUGGAAUAGGAAGCAGGUGUUUUCCUUAUCAGUGGGUGAAAUGGGAAGUGUAAUAAGCCUUGGUACAAGGGAGUCCUGUGAAUUUUUUCAUGAUCCUUUCAAGGGCAAAAGCGAUGAAGGUAAAGUCAGAAAAAUUUUGAAGUUGGAGCCUCUUCCAGAUGGUUCUGGGCACUUCUUUAACCUAAGUGUUCAAAACAAGCUUGUAAACGUGGAUGAAAACAUCUAUAUCCCUAUUACAAAAGCAGAGUUAGCAGUUUUGUGCUCAACUUUCAAUUUUAUCAUGCCAUACCUUCUUGGUUGGCAUACCUUUGCAAACUCCAUAAAGCCAGAGGACACUAGUGGAGUGAAUAAUGCCAACCCAAGAUAUGGAGGUGACUAUGAAUGGAACAGAUAGAGUUGUAUUUCACCGCUCUCUCCCUCUGAACUUGGAAAUACAUUGCAUUUUGUUAGCUAAGAAUUGUUUCAGUGAUUCCUAAUUUUGAGUUUUUAUUCUAUUUUUCUUCUUGUUAGUGGAAUUUAGCUCAGGGAUGAUGUUACGGUUGAAAAAGUUGAAAUGAUUAGAGAAUUUACAGUGUGUAAAAUGAUAUUUGUGGAAGUAUAAACCCAUACACAUUUGAAUAACUUGUUA